UUUUUAAUAAUCGUGAGUUGUUUGACAGCAUAUUUUAAACCGUUUUUAUUCCUUUAUUCGCAAGUGUGUGUGAGUGUAUUUCAGUUAAAAUUUAAUAAAAUGAGUUCUGAUACGGGCUUUCAGAUAAUGAGAAGCAAUAAAGGCAAACCAAUGAUACUAGUCGAAGGCUAUAAAUUCCGACAAUUUCGCGUUAAAAAAAAAAAUAUACAUUGGCGGUGUUCGAAAAAAGAGUGCCGGGCUACGAUCAAAACAGAUGUACCGAUGACUACUUUGCUUGAAACGACCAACAAGGAACACAGACCGCAACAUGCUCCACCAAGUGAUAAAGAAAUCGAGCUGCAGCUUAUAAGAACCAGUCUGAAGAGAAAAGCAACCGAAAAUCUAAAUGAACCACCAUUGAAAUUGAUACGCCAUGAGGUUGAGAAUUCAAAAAAGGUAACAUUUUCUGACCUACCGUCCCUUUCACAGUCCAGUUAUCGCGCUAGAAAAAAAUUGAAGAAACCCGUACCAAAGAACAUUGAUGGGGCUUUGGACGGGAUGGCCAGUACGGUAACCUCUUCCGAUGAAAAGAUUAUUAGAGUUGAUAAAAAACAUCAGAUUGUCGCCGUAACAUGUAAAGAAAACCUGCAAUUUUUGGUCGACUUCGAUGAUGUUAUUUUGGGAGACGGAACAUUCACUUAUGCUCCCAAGCAUUUCAAACAAACUUAUACAAUCCACGUGUUCCAUCGUGGCUUUUAUUUGCAUGUUGCCACGUUCUUCCUCCCCUCAAAAGCGGCAGAAACUUACUCAGCUAUGUGGGAUUUAUUGAAACAAAUGUGUGUUAAACACACUGGUAAAGAAUUGAACGUUAAACUUCUCCUACUUGACUUCGAAUCCUCCGCUCACAAAGCCGCUAAAGUAGCUUUCCCUAAUGCAACGAUUAGGGGCUGCAGAUUUCAUCUGGGGCAAAGCUGGUGGCGGCGGAUACAGAAAUAUCCAGUGCUACGAUAUGCAUUCACUCGGUCAGAAAAAAAAGGAGAGCAGUUAGAGAUUCAAUCAUGGUUACAGCUAUUCUUCUCUUUGUCUUAUCUGCCCGCCAAUGAUGUCCCUGCUGCAUUUGAGCAGUUGGCCAGUGCUACUCCUCAUGUAAGUGGCGCCUCUGCAUUUGUUGCUUACAUUCGAAAAAAUUACAUAAACUCGAAGAUGUUCCCCCCUCAUCUGUGGGCCAGCCCUCUUACACAAGAUUCUUGCACAACGACUAAUGGGGUUGAGGGCUUCAAUAGUAAACUUCAAGGCGAGUUUUAUUACCACCAUCCAAGUGUGUACGAAGCAACUGACCAAGUUUUUAAGGCCCAGACUAUUGUUUCUUUAAAAAUAAAAUCCGUACGGAAUGGCGAGUUGUUCAAUAAACGCAAGGCUCAACAAACGAAAGAUGAUGAAGUUAUUGUGCUGACCAGUGCUUUUCAAAGUAAAGACCUCGAUAUAAUGGAGUUCCUUGAAAUGAUCCGUGAUGUGAAAUAUGCGAAGCAAGAUGCAUCAGACUCAAAAAAUGACUCGGGAGCUGAAAAUGACUCCUUCAAUGAAGACGAUCUGGACGAAGAAAUUUCCUUUCAUGAACCACCCACCAGCCAUCCUGAGAAUACUAUUGGCUCCAGUUCAGACGACUCUGACGAUGGCAUUUUCUUCCGGCGAGAGUAUUUCCUUUCAUGAACCACCCACC